CGUGUAGGGUGUGUUUCUCCUUAUCAAAAACUGAAAGACGUAAAGUUACGAUUAUGAAGUGUUAAUGUGUGUGAAUAUGCAAAAUUAAGUGUUUAUUAAGGAUUAUAUUUUUUGGAUUGAAUUUUUUUGAAGAUUAUUAUAAUGUCUAGUAUAACAACUGCGGAUGCUGUGAGGGCUGAUGUUAAAGAACGUAUAAUAGAAAGAGACGCUGGCUUCGUAUCUGGCGGUGAAGAUGACGACUCAUGCUCUGGGCCAGCACAUUCCGACGAUUCUGGAGUUAGACUGGUCGAGAACGAUAGAAAACACAGCAGAUCCCCUUCGAGACAACCUCCGAAGAAAAGAAUACGUCUUGGCUCGCGAGAAGACCUGGCCAGCUUUGAAAGCGACGCGCCAUCGUCCCCUUUUCGACCCUGGUCAUUCGUAGAGGAACCACAACGCGAACCACUCUCCUUAGUCAAGAAAACCAGUGAAACUAGUCUACUCAGACAAAGAAGACGACCGCUCGAGCCUCCACCUCCACCAAUGCCAAUCAUUGAACCAGUUGGACCUCCGCGAGUCCCCCCUCAUCCAGGUGUAGAAGAAUAUUCUGACAAAAAACCUAGGGAGCAAAGAAAUUACAAGAACAUGACGAGAGAGAGACGGAUAGAAGCAAACGCUAGAGAAAGAACAAGAGUUCACACGAUCAGUGCUGCCUUUGACACCCUUCGAAAAGCAAUCCCUGCAUAUAGUCAUAACCAGAAACUGUCUAAGCUAUCAGUAUUAAGGAUAGCAUGUGCGUAUAUUUCUGCAUUAUCAUCAGCUAUAGAACCAGACGAUGACCUUUCUGAUGCAGUAGAAAAAGUCACCCAGACAAUACAUACAGAAGGAAAGUUAAGAAAAAAGAAAGAUGACCCUUGAAUGGUUUAGGCUGGCCUUGGUUAAAAGAGAAGAAUCAGAGAAGUUUACUUUGAAACUGAAGAUGGUUUAAAUACGUCCGUUCUAGUACAAAGACGACAAUAAUAGUGUUACUUAGGAGCUUUACGUUGAAUCUCUCGUGGCUGGUGCCUUUUUAAAGUUCCUAAUUCAGCAGGGCGCUAGUUGCCAUAAGUAAUAAGUUUAAUCUGUAACGGGGAACCUGCAACUAAAUUAUAGUUAUUAAAAAAGAAAAUUGUUGAUGACAAUGACAUAAUUCGCUCAUUAAAGACAUUUUAAAGGGACUCUUAGACAAAUAUAAUUCUUGAGUGCAUUGUCAAUGUUUUGUCAGUUAAGCAAUACUUAUUACCUCAAUGAAAUGUCAUUUGGCGUAGCCAUUACCAUUCCCAUCCCAGUAUUAAAAUGUCGAAAAUGUAUAUUAAUUUGGGCUUUAAUUCUAUAUAUUUAUUAAAAAUCGAGUCAAUAAUUUUAAGACAGAAUUGUAUAUUUUAUAUAAUUAGUGUAAGGUGUAUUAUGUGUACAGCCCUAUGUUUAAGGCACAAAAGAUUGAAUUAAAACAUUGGACACUUAUAAUUUCGUUUUUAGAUUGAUGUACAUGCAUUUAGAUAACUGCAUAUAGACAUCUAUAGUCUGUACACCUCGUAUAGUCUUUGACGAGAGCGUUGAUUUAAAAAAAAGACAUUUUAUUAACAGUUGCUUUUUUAUUACGUUUAAUUUUGUAAAUUGUCACACGUAGAAUUUACUUGACAAAAUAAGAAAUACAUGAAACGGAACGCUGUGGUCAAAAGACUAUACCUUGGGACGAAUAUUUCUAAUGAAAAAAAAAUUAUAUUUUGAAAAUCCAUAGAUAAAGUCAAUUCAGAUGUCAACAAAUCACGGAUUUAAGUAAAGCUGUUAUUAAUAGAAGUGCCUAUACAUACACCGCUGUGCCGAAAAUUAUAUGCCUUAAACAGAUGUUGUGAUAAUGUAAAUAUUAGGUUUAAUUUAAUUAAAAUGUUAAAGGAAAGACAUUAUAUACCAUUGUGAUUUGUCAGCGAGAUCCAUCUCAAUAUUAUAAAUUUCUCAACCGAAAGUUCCAUCAGUAAUAGAACUAUGGGCGUCUAUACUCAUUGAUUUAUCAAGCUUACCACGUACCUUAAAUACCGAUUUCAAUUAUUGACUCGACAAUAAGCUGGCCCUUAUAACAUCAUCUAACAACAUGGCUAAUGUGGCUUUUCAGAACUCUCGUAAAAUUUCGGUGUACGAGUUAAAUGUCGUUGUCUCAAUUGCAGUGCUGUGGUAAGCUUGCUGCUGGUAGGCAUUAUUGCAUGAUUAUUAGAAGCUACUUAUUUUAAUAUAUACAAAGUUAUAAAACCUAUCCUAUUUGCUGCAAAUCAUAAUAUGUGUAAAAGG